CAGAGUCGCUAGGCCAGGCUGGUUUCACUUCGCUCCCCGCAGGCACUGGGUCACCAGCUGGUAGGAGCUCUGCGGUCCUAGUCGCCGUCGCUGCCGCUGUCGCCGUCACCAGAUUCCUGCAGUCGCUCUGUGAGCUGUGCUCCACUUGGAUCUGCACAACCUCCUCUGCUCCCGCCGCCACCCGCUUCGGCGCCCUUCCCCUGGCCCUCGUUCCCCCAAUGUCUGACUCUGAUUCUCGGACUGAGAAACGCAAGAAAAAAAGACCAAAUGGCCAAGCAACCUUCUGAUGUAAGCUCUGAGUGUGACAGAGAAGGUGGACAAUUGCAGCCUGCUGAGCGGCCUCCCCAGCUCAGGCCUGGGGCCCCUACCUCCCUACAGACAGAACCGCAAGGUAAUCCCGACGGCGGCGGCGGCGAAGGGGACCGCUGCCCCCACGGCAGCCCUCAGGGCCCGCUGGCCCCACCGGCCAGCCCUGGCCCCUUUGCUACCAGAUCCCCACUUUUCAUCUUUGUGAGAAGAUCUUCUCUGCUGUCCCGGUCCUCCAGUGGGUAUUUCUCUUUUGACACAGACAGGAGCCCAGCACCCAUGAGUUGUGACAAGUCAACACAAACCCCAAGUCCUCCUUGCCAGGCCUUCAACCAUUAUCUCAGUGCGAUGGCUUCCAUAAGGCAGUCUCAGGAGGAACCUGAAGGUAUGCGCCCGGAGAUAUGGAUUGCACAGGAGCUGCGGCGGAUCGGAGAUGACUUCAACGAGUCUUACACAAGGAGGGUAUUUGUAAACAAUUACCAAGAGGCGGAAGACCACCCUCACCACCCUCAAAUGGUCAUCUUACAACUGUUACGCUUCAUCGUCCGCCUAGUAUGGAGAAGGCACUGACAGCAUCUUCACGCAGCCAGGAUAAAUGGCGGACGUUGCUCUUGUUCAGACCGGUCGAACCCCAGCCCUUCGAUCUCCUGGUGCCAUGACGAUGCAGCCGGUGGUUCUAACUCAGAGAGGUGUGCUGAGGGUGGACAGGCACACCGCGCUGUGUCACUGCGAGCGUAACCUUUCGGUUCACAGCCACAUGGCAGAAUUUCCAGUAGACGAUUGCUAUGAAUGUAGACAAAGGAGGGUUCUUUCUCUUUUUAAUGUACAGACAGAUCCUGGGGCUUUGGAGCAGAGAGAGAUGCGAGAAGGGUGUUUACAUGUGGUAUGUUUAAUCUUUUUUUUUUUAAUCCACUUUCUUUGGUAACUGUUCUGUUUUGCUCCAGAGAGGAAAAUUUUUUUAGCCAACUUGCAGAUGAUUUUUAUAGUAAAAUUCUUAACCUGUUGGGCUACUCAGAAGAUGAUGUAAGCCUACAGUGGGAACUGAGCCAGCUGAUGUAUAAGGCUGCCUGAGUUUAUUUUUGAGAGGUUACUGUACAGAAUUUUUAAACAAGGAGAGUGUGGUGUUGCCCUCUCUCCUCUGCCAUGGCUUCUUUGAGUUUCCUUUGUAAUGAUUACUACCAAAACAGUCCUUAUGAAAUGGGAUGGGCUAAAGUGGCAGAGGGUCUGUUUUGGUAUGCCACUUCCAUUUUGUAAAUAUUUACCUCUUAGCUCAGUUGCUUCUGUGGCAAAAUUUCAUACUUUUUUUUGUUUUUCCUCAACUCCUCAGUCUGUCUCCACACUGAUGCACAGGUUUGGCCCAGGGUGUUUUCCUGAUGAAAUGUGUUUGGGUCAGCAAGGGCUAGGGGCUGCCCGGAUUAUUCCCAGCUCCGUCAAUCAAGCUGACUCAUGGGAAGGGCUCUUGUCCACUUCACUUCAUCGUGCUGGCUUUGUUUGUUUGUCUCUUUUAUCCGGGGAGAGCACAGACUUGUACACCAUUUACUGAAGCUGUCAGCUCUUCUGGCUGCAGGCUUUGCUGAAGUCAUAGGCUCUGCUUUGCCUCGUGUACCAGAUGAGCCGGAGCCCACACUUUCUUAGGGAUUGGCCAGGUCAUUUCAGGAGCAAGGGACUCAGGUGAUCAAUUCCCAUGCGUCUUGAUGUUUAGCCCUGCUCAUCCCACCUGGCCUGUGAUACCUGAACUUCAUCCCUGUUGCCUUGAACAUACCUUG